AUGGUUCUUGGCAAAAAGCUGGCGGUCGAAUCUCUGUUGCCCUCUGUCUUGGAAGAUAAUGCCGCUGAGAUGGAGAGUGAGUUGGUCAGCCAGAGCGAGCAAGUGGGUGGAAUUGGGAGCAGACCACCAAGCAGGCCCAGAAAACCCUAUAGCAGAGGUAGCAUUGACAACCAGUUGGUGGUGAGAUCAGACACAAGCACGCGUCUGUCACUGAGUGGGCCAUCAGGCUCUGGUGCAGGGGAGGAAGUGACAAACCAGGGGAAUGAGGAGGAGGGUCAGCCACCAGAUGACCCAAGUCACAAUCUGGAGGGGGAGAUGGCAUGUGUUACCGAAGACCAGGACUAUGACACGGACUUAGAGCUGGAAGAUGCAAAAGAGCCCUAUGACCCUACUGGAGAGACGUGCUACAGGGAAGCGUGUAAGGUGUUUGGGGUGGUUCCGGUCUCCUACUUUCUGCGAAACAUGCAUGCCAGUGAGCUUAUUAUGAUGCAUCAUGGUCUGGGGCCCCAGGGUACCAAAGCUCUGGCGGUUCCCUUGGUAACCAACACCUCCAUCCUGAAGCUGAACCUGAGGGAUAAUUGGAUGGAGGGGCUGGGCGGGGCUGCCAUGGCAGAGAUGUUGAAGGAGAACUGUUACAUCACAGAAAUCGACCUAUCAGAGAACAGGCUGGGAGUGAAAGGAGCCCAGGCUAUAUCCAGCAUGCUCCAGGAAAAUAGUACCCUGGUCAGCAUCAACCUCUCCGGCAGUGACUUCGAUGACCAUGCUGCCAUGUACCUGUCCAAGGCCCUCAUGACCAAUCAGAAGCUGGAGGUCAUGGACCUAAGUCAUAACAGGAUGGGGGAUGCGGCAGGGGAGGUUUUAGGCACUGCUAUUGCUGAAAACACAGCGAUAAAGGACUUCAAUCUCAGCUGGAACUGUAUACGAGGCAAAGGCAGUGUAGCUCUGGCAAAAGGCUUGGGGGCAAACAUAUUCCUCCGAAAAGUUGAUCUCUCCUACAAUGGCUUUGGGAAAGAUGGGGCAGUAGCCCUGGGAGAGGCACUCAAAAUCAACAACAUACUUGAGGAGUUGAAUAUAAGCAACAAUCGGAUCCCCCCUGAUGGAGCAAUCUGCUUUGCAAUGGGCCUCCAGGAAAACAAGACAAUCCGAACCAUCAAUAUGUCUCGAAACCCCAUGCAGACUGCAGGGUGCUAUGGAAUACUGAAAGCAAUUCAGGAGAACCCAGAAUCAGCUGUGGAGUCCUUGGACUUCUCUGAAAUCACAGUGAACGUGGAUUUUGAUGAAUUAUACGAGGCAGUAAAAGAAACAUUCCCCAAACUGCAAGUGAAACACGGUGGAAGGAUAGACAAAUUCAAAAAGUUAAAGCCCAAAGGACUAGACGGCCGCGACGUGCAUAGCCCUAUCCGCAUGAGCUACAUACGAGAGCGCACAACAUAG